AUGAGCGUACAAGUCCCACAACACAUUCAAGACCGUCUUCAGCACUUGGAGAAUUUGGUGAUGUCGUUGGCUCAGAAGAAAUCCAGUGAGACUGCCGUCGAUGUUGGAGAGAUCGACAACAGCUCGCCCUCGCUCGAUGAGGCAAAGACAAGAGAAUCCCCCCCGGACUCGGGAACUUUGCUUGUCAGGAAUGAAGAGAUCAGUUAUAUUGACAGCUCUGACUGGCGUACAAUUCUGCAAGAGAUUCAUGGUGUGAAAGAACACUUGAUCAAUCAUGGUUUCUCAGACAAUGAAGAGCCUGAAGAGGCUUUGGGGGAAGGGCCAUCUCCCGCCUUGCUGCUGGGAAUAUCUCGUCCGAUCACGAAAGAAGAAGUGAUCGCGGACAUGCCUCCACGACCAGUGGCUGAUCGAUUAGUGUCUAAAUUUCUCAAAUCUGCAGAGCCGGUUGUAGUGAUUCUUCACAUUCCGACCUUUCAAAAGCAAUAUGAGGAGUUUUGGACGGACCCUUUCAGCAAGUCAUUCACGUGGAUCGCUCUUCUAUUCGGCGUGCUUGCAUUGUCGGUCUCUUGGUUUCAUAGAGGCGAGCAAGCUCUUCCCUCGGAGCUAUCACACUCCGCCGCUGUCUGGGAGGUUUACCGGAAACGUGCAGCCCAGUGCUUGGUGAAAGCGAACUAUCUUGCACCAGGCCGAUACAAGUGUGAGGCUUUGCUCUUCUACACAGUGGUCGAGUUUUAUCGGAGUCAAGACGCCCAGGUUGGGGUCUCCUAUCUCCUAUCAAUGACCAUUCGACUUGCCAUGCGGAUGGGGUAUCACCGGGAUGCCAAACAUUACCCCAAUCUGUCGUUCUGGGACGGCGAAAUGCGUCGCCGAUUCUGGGCCUGUUUAUGUCAACUGGACACUUUGUUGUCCUUCCAAGUGGGAAUUCCGCGGACCAUACAGCCUUGGCAGUUCGACACAGAGUUGCCGUCUAAUUUGCACGACGAGGAGUUUGAUCAAGCGACUACCGAGCCCCCGCAGCAGCGAAGCGAUGAUGGUGAAUUCACUUGGUGCACCUAUGUUAGAGCCAAAGCAGGGCUCAUGUCGGCCUUUGGUCAGGUAGUCGAUCUAGCCUUCUCACGAGAAUCGAUGUCCUACGACGAUAUUCUCGCCAUUGAUCGUCGUUUAGAAGAUGCCCACAAGGCUUUACCCCCUAUAUUACGCCUGCAGCCCAUUGCUCAAAGUCUCACAACCUCAACCGCGAUAAUCUUCCGGCGAUACUCGCUGGAGAUGUUGUAUCAACGGGCACGCCAGGUACUUCACCGCCGCUACAUGGGUCAGCUGCAGGCCAAAUAUGCUUACUCCAGAUCCGUCAGCCUCGCUGCUGCAAAAGAGACAUUGCGACAUAACAUUGAGAUUUGGACUGAAUCUCAACCGGGAGGCUUACUGUGCUCGGAUCGAUACUUUGCUAAUGCCUUUCAGACUUCGGAUCUUGUGCUCUCGGCCAUGAUUCUUUGCCUGGAACUGUCACAAAGCUCUGAAGAGAACGCUCCCUCUCGCCUUGAAGCAGAGGAGCGCGCAGAGAUUCAAUUACUCCUCGAAGAAACGCAUCGAAUUUUCAAAGACGAGCGACGGAGGUCCAUGGACACACAUCGAGCGUUUGUUGCAUUGAGCAUCAUGCUCGGGAGGCUUCACCCCCACAAGAACGAGAGUCUUAUGAGGGACAUACAAAGACAAACACCACCCGAAGAAGAUCAAAUAGUAUCCCAACUACAGUCAGCUACCCUCGACAGGACCGCCCAAUCGACGCUGAAUUCGGGACUGCUCACCGAUGAUCCGCAGCCCAUGUUUCCAAUGAGCUCAAGUGAGAUCGGAUCUUUUUCAUCUCUCGAUGUGAUUGGAGAGAUGCUGAGCACGCCGGCUCAGCUUGACUGGGGACUGUACGAUACUCAUGUAUCUGGUUACGGCCCAGCUCAUCAGGACAGCUCGUGGUUCGAAAUAGGAGAGGACGCUGAGCCCUCGGCCAUGGAUCUCAUGACGUACCCAGACAAUGGCUACGCUAUGCAGUUUGAGAAUUAA